UAUCGGGCGAUUGGUGGAUGUUGGUCGAUAAAUGUAUAUUAAAAAAAAAAGCUUGUGAGUUGGGAAUUAUCGGGCGAUUGAAGUAGGUGGCUGUUGGUCGACAAAUAUUAUAUAUAUAAAAGAAAAAGAGGAAUUAUCGGGCGAUUGAUUGAAGCAGGUGGCUGUUGGUCGAUCGAUAAAUAUACAUUAAAAAAAGCGUGUGAGUUGGGAAUUAUCGGGUGAUUGAAGCGGAUAGCUGGUUAUCGAUCGAUGAGCUUAAGGAAAGAAGUAUAAACAUCAUUUUGGCCUUUGGCGUCUGUUGGUUAAUAUAGAGAGUUACGGAUUUUGGCCAAAGAAUAGAUUUGUGUCGAGGGAAAGGAAGAUUCCGCAUAGCUCUUCAGCAUUUUUUUUUUAAAUUCAAUUAAUACUCGGAGUACUGCAAGACCCCAAGCAAAUUCUGCCAUGGAGGAUUGUUCAUCACAUGGCUCAACUUCAUCUUUUACCUCAUGGAUGCCAUAUGAAUUACAAUUUGGAGUCGACAAUGAGACUGAUGGGAUCUCUAACCCUGCUAUAAGGGGUGAACCUUUGGAAUAUCUAAAUGUAGUCGACAAUGAGACUGAUGGGAUCUCUAAGCCUUCUAUAAAGGGUGAACCUUUGGAAUAUCUAAAUGUCGUCCAAAGUAAGGGAGGUGGUAAAUCUGAACCUACUCUAACGGGAAGAGAACUGAAAAGAGAACGUUAUGGAAGGCGUAAGAGGUUGGGAAAGUUGGAGGAUCGCAGAUUUGCAUUGCGGACAUUCAAAGAAAAGGCUGCUGUUAUGAGAGAGAGACUGCAGGAUGUAGAAAAAUGAAACGUUUGUUAUAUUAGAAUAAUUGGAAGAGGAACUGGAGGCGCAAGGAGAUGAGAAUUUCGCUAUGACUAAAUUCUUGAGAGAGGAAAUUGAAUGCUCGACAAAUGAAGUUGAACAAUUAAGAGAUGGGACUACAAGGUCAGAAGAGGAAAGAGGAUUGAUGCUUUCUGGUCGCAGGCAGCCUCCAAGUUUUACUCGCCAGAUACCAACUGAUCUGCAUAUCAUUGGAACUAACUCUGAAUCUUUUGAUAAGGAUCGACGUGGAAGUAACUUUGAAACUUUUGACAAGUUUUCAUCAAUGGAACAUGCUGCAUUCCAUUCCAUAUCAAGUUGUUGUGCAAACGGAACUGAUAUUCUAAUGAAACUUGAAAUUGAUGAUGAGAGCAAAGUGAAGUUAUCAGACUUUGCUGACUUAGGUGGUGAGCGGAUACCAAUAGGCAAAUAUAGCUUCCCGCCCUCACUACAUCAAAUCGUACAGAACAUCACUGAGGUCUAUGGUGAUGUUUCUGCAGCAACAAGUAGGAUGAACUUGAGUAUUGCCGAUGGGAUCUACAUAAUGUUCUGUGCUUCAAUUAAAGAGAUGAACCAUCUCCGCCUCGAACAAGUCACCGAAGAUAUGAUAUUGAAGUGGAGGGAUGCAAUCAAGGAUUUUCAAGGAUUUUGCAAUGGAACAUUUGAAGAAAGCUGCACGCGCUUAUAUUGGUUGAAUGGAGCGCCGAAAGCUGGAUUAUAUAGCUUCCAGGUUAUCCAAUUUGGAGGCUCAAUCGAGUGA